AUGGACGAACUCCAGUCGCCGGAUGCUGGUGGUAGGGUUAAGAGGAAGCAGUCAGGCAACAAGACCAAGACCUUGCCCUGUCCGCAUUGCCAGCGACUCUUCGCCCGGCUGGAACACCUCCAAAGACACAUCCGCACCCACACGAAAGAGAAGCCAUUCGUCUGCGAAAUUUGUACAAAGUCAUUUGCCCGCAGCGACCUGCUUGUGCGCCACGAAAGACUCGUUCAUCCGGGGGAAGAAGAGCAGCAUACCACGAGAAAAUCCCAUAAACACCACAUACAAAACCACAAUGCGACCAAGUCGCAGCAGCCGCAUCACGCGUCAUCCGUCACAUCGGACCCGAUGGACAUUACAUCGCAGCCCAAUCCAGCCUUGCUGUCACCGGAAGCAUCUCACGAGGGAAGAGGGAUGAUGGAUAUGUUGGAUCCUCAGCUCAUGCAGCCUACCAACGGCAUGCACCAGGUUGAGGGGAUGCCAUCGCACCAACCCUCAGUUCUAGGCGCUCCGCCACUUGAUCCAUCAUGGGGUUACGAUUUGAAUUUGCUGUCGCAUGCCGCCAGCCACGUUGCUUCAAGCGGACAGGAUCAUUAUAUGUCCGGUCUUCCGCAGGUGACUCAGGAACUCGGUGAACAACCAAUACCCUCGAUGAUGCCCACGGUGUCGGAAGGACAAUACCAGCCCCGAAUGCUUCCAGAGGGCUACGAUCAACAGCCGUCUAUGUUCGAGCCCCCGGACCUGGCCGAUCCAAUGCAGGAUUUCACCGUCUUCCUCGACUCCGUGGGAUUGUCUUCCGAAUGGUACACCAGUAUGUUUGGCAAUGAGCCGGUGGACAACUAUCAUUCUCCAGAGUUGAGGGGGGACCACCUCAAUAUCUCAAGGCCUCAUUUGAACGGUGAGCAUUCCAUCGAUACCAAACUUGGCGUUCCACAAGAAGAGACGACCACCUUUUCCCGAUUCGGUUCAAGGUUGCCAUCCCUCCAGCCAGAGUCUAGAGAGCCUGACUUCCAUCGGCCAGAACCCCGAAGCUCGAUCGAAGACGCGGAAGCCAUCAAGGUCAGGACCACAUGGGACGUGUCCGACUCUGACCGGUCCAUCUUUGUCUCCAAAUUGGCCGCCUUCGACAGCGUCAUGCCCAAAGGCUUUAUUCCUCCAUCUAGACAUUCUCUCUCUCGUUACUUGGCAGGCUACGUCAACGGCUUCCAUGAGCAUCUCCCUUUUAUCCAUGUGCCCACACUCCAAGUCUCACAAAGUGCCCCUGAGUUGAUCCUAGCGCUGGCAGCUGUAGGCGCACAAUACCGAUUCGAGAACAGCCGCGGCAUAGAACUCUUCUACGCCGCCAAAGCCGUGGUAAUGGAACAGAUCCGAUGUCGCGAUGAAUCGGCAGUACCCCAAUCAUGGAAUAGACCCAGGACAGGAUCGAUGGCUCAAUCCCCUAGUGGUGGAUUCGCGACCCAAAGUCACUCGGGCAGUCCGUUCCAACAGGUUUCGCCAGAAAAUGCAGUCACCCCCGAUAGCAAAGAGCAGAUGGAUUCGAUACAGGCGCUUCUACUUCUCACUGCGUUUGCGACUUGGGAGAGGCACACCGCAUUGCUCCGUGAAGCACUAGCAUUCCAAAGCAUACUGGCACGCCUCGUGCGGGACGCUGGUCUCACAAGUCCCGAGAUCAUGCAGUCCCCGGACGACCUAACUUGGGAAGAUUGGAUCCGAAUUGAAGGAGACAAGCGUACUAAGUUGAUUGUCUACUGCUUCUUCAACCUUCACUCUAUCACGUGGAAUGUCCCUCCUCUGAUCCUCAACUCGGAGAUCCAGCUGAACCUACCCGACCCGGCCAAUGAGUGGAAAGCUACGACGGCCGAGCAGUGGAAGAAGUUACACGAAGCAAAUGCGUCGCCGCAAAUGCCGUUUCAAACGGCCUUCAUUCGGCUCUUCAACAAACAAAACCAAGCCGCCUCAACACCUAUCUCCCCGCUUGGGAAUUACAUCCUCAUACAUGCAAUCAUUCAACAGAUCUAUUUCGCCCGACAACUCUCGCUGGCGUGGCCUGGCGUGGCGGGAUCGAGUCUACGUUUAGAAGACAUUGGGGUGCUGGAUCGCGGGCUCAGCUCCUGGAAGGCCGGAUGGAAACGAACGCCGGAAUCCAGUCUCGACCCGCAGAAUCCGAAUGGUCCCGUCGCAUUCACAUCCACGGCACUGCUGGGGCUGGCUUACAUUCGACUUCACGUCGACAUGGGCCCACUUCGACACCUCGAGACACGCGACCCGUCACACAUAGCCCGGUCGCUGUUCAACACGCCCGACAUCCGACGCGACCCGCGCUUGACGCCGGCACUCCUCCAUUCCGCCCAUGCGCUCUCCAUCCCCGUCCGGCUGGGCAUCGACUUCGUGGCGCGCACGCAGACGUUUUUCUGGUCGAUCCAACACUCGCUGUGCAGUCUGGAAUGCGCAUUCCUGCUGAGCAAGUGGCUGGCGGUGCUGUCUCGGCUGAAAACCGAAGGCGGCCCGCCCGUCACCGAACACGAGCGCAAACUCCUCCUCUGGGUGCGCAGCCUGCUGGAAGAGACGGAGAUGACGGUGCCCCUGAACAGCGACGCCAAUGACCACACCAUGAUCCACGAGAGUCGCGAGCUGUUGGACGACACGCGCAAGAUGCGCGCCUUGAGCGUCGCCGUCGUCCGUGUGUGGAGUAAGACGUUCAAGGGGAACACCAGUUGGGCCAUUGUCGAUAUGAUCGGCACGGCGUUGGAAAUGUAUGCGGACAUGCUUGAGCAGGAUAUGUUUGGUGGUCAGAGUUGA